AUGAGUCCGUACCGCCUCGUUUAUGGUAAGGCCUGCCAUCUGCCAGUGGAGAUUGAGCACAAAGAAUACUGUGCAAUCAAGGCUGCCAAUUAUGAUUUGGACUCUGCUGUGAAGCAGCGCACGCUGCAAAUGGAGGAGUUGGAUGAACUACGCAAUGAGGCGUAUGAAAAUGCAAGGAUUUACAAGGACAAAGUGAAGCGGCUGCACGAUCGCCGCAUUUCUCACAAGAAGCUAUGUCCCGGAAUGAAGGUGUUAUUGUUCAAUUCUAGACUCAAGUUGAAAUCUAGAUGGAGUGGUCCGUUUUUACUAAAGAAGGUGUUUGAGCAUGGUGCUGUAGAACUGUUCAAUGAGAAUACGAAGGAGAGUUUCAGAGUGAACGGCCACAGAGUGAAGACGUACUAUGAGCACCAGAGCCCGCCGAUGGUGGUUGAGUCACAAGCUCUGCACAAUCCAAGCUGA